CCCAGACCAGACCUGGAGCUUCUGUGUGGGUGGGGGACACAUUCUCACAGGGAACUCUCUUCCAGGGCUGUGUCAUGGCCCAUGGGACCAGGUACAGACAGGUGAUGCCUCCCAAACCCUCCAUCUGGGCUGACCCAGGACCCAUGGUCACCAUCGGGAGCCCUGUGACCAUCUGGUGUCAGGGGACUGUGCAAGCUGAUGUCUACAGUCUGUACAAAGAUAAGGUCUCCAAACCCUUGGACAUGGAGGUCCCACAGGACUCCAGCAACAAGACCAGUUUCUCCAUCGAAUCUAUGAGCUCACACACUGCAGGGCUGUAUCAGUGUGCAUAUAACACCAGCUGGAACGGCUGGUCAGAGCGCAGUGACCCCCUGCCCCUGGUGGUGACAGGAGAGUUCAGUGCACCAUCCCUCUCAGCCCACCCAGGCCCUGUGGUGGCAUCAGGAGGAAAAAUGUCCCUCUCCUGUAGCUCAGAGUUCACAUUGAACACUUUCCAUCUGCUGAAGGAGGGAGGAGCUGACCGGCGCAGACAAAUGGAAUCGAGGAGCUUUCGUGGGAGGUGGCAAGCUGUCUUCCCUGUGGGCCCCAUGAACACCUCCCACGGGGGCACCUACAGAUGCUAUGGUUCUUCCAGCUCCUCCCCCUAUGUGUGGUCACACCCCAGUGACCCUCUGCAUCUCGUGGUGACAGGUGAGGGUGCCCCUGGGACCCCAAAGUGACUGAUGUAAGCCUUGAGCUCAGUGGAGCCUUGAGGGUGAUGGGGGGUUGGUAAC